GUUUUGGCAUGACGACGCCCUCGACGGUGGCCGGGAAGGCCUUCCUCAUCGCCUACGGCCUGUUCGGGUGUGCGGGCACCAUCCUCUUCUUCAACCUCUUCUUGGAGCGCAUCAUCUCCCUGCUGGCCUUCAUCAUGAGGGCCUGCCACGAGCGGCAGCUGCGCCGCUCCGGCCUGCUGCCCCCCACCUUCCGCCGCGGCUCGGCCCUGUCCGAGGCGGACAGCCUGGCGGGCUGGAAGCCGUCCGUCUACCACGUGAUGCUCAUCCUGGGCAUCUUCGCGGUGCUGCUGUCGUGCUGCGCCUCGGCCAUGUACACCAGCGUGGAGGGCUGGGACUACGUGGACUCCCUCUACUACUGCUUCGUGACCUUCAGCACCAUCGGCUUCGGGGACCUGGUGAGCAGCCAGCAGGAGGCCUACCGCCACCAGGGCCUCUACCGGCUGGGCAACUUCCUCUUCAUCCUCAUGGGCGUGUGCUGCAUCUACUCCCUCUUCAACGUCAUCUCCAUCGUCAUCAAGCAGGUCCUGAACUGGAUGCUAAAGAAACUCAGCUGCCCGUGCUGCGCCCGGUGCCGGAAGCCCAGCAGCCGGCUGGGCCGGCGCAACGCCAUCACCCCCGGCUCGCGCUUCCGGCGCCACCUCACCUCCCUGGAGGCGGACGGGCACUACGACAGCGACGCGGAGGGCCGGCGGCUGUCCGGGGAGAUGAUCUCCAUGCGGGACCUGAUCGCCUCCAAUAAGGUCUCCCUGGCCCUGCUGCAGAAGCAGCUGUCCGAGACGGCCAACGGCUACCCCCGAAGCGUGUGCGUCAACACGCGGCAGAACGGCUUCUCGGGGGGUGUGGGGGCUCUGGGGAUCAUGAACAACCGCCUGGCGGAGACCAGCGACUCCAGGUAG